GGACUGCUUAGGCAAUACUUACAUUUCUGUCGGAUUUAAUAGCUAAUACUUAUACUUGUUUCGAUUUCGAAGCCAUAAUGCCGAAGUAGAUGUCCCUGCUGGCCAGCACUUUGCGGUUACACUGCUGUAAUACUUUUACAACCGAAAACCACUUUAAGUGCAGCUUUUGGCAAAAAUCGAAAAGUGACUGAACUAUAAAUACCAAACAUACAACGACCAUACUGGUCACAAUCCUUCGACGUUGCACAUAGUGAAUGACAAAAUGACAACGCCCACACACAAUGAGUAUGCAGACAUUGAACUGUCCACGCUGGAAAUUGGCGGCAGCAGUAAUAAAACGGAUCCCAUUUACUCCAUCAAGCCGGAUUUCAUAACGCAAUGGCGACAGAAGAAGGAGCGUGAAAAUAUUUGCAAAUCCAUUUUCAAUCGCUUCGUCGAGCAUACCGAAUGCAAGCGUCUGCUAGAGGCUGCGCAAUUGUAUCAUCCCUUCAUCGGCGAGAAUGGUGAACUGAACAUUUGGAAUGCCAAUAUCGAUAUGGAUAUGCUGGCGACCUAUAGCAACCGCAGCCUGAACUAUAGCCUCUUGGAAGAUUUUACGAAUGUGACUACACGCGGUCCCACGCCCUCGCAAGUACUGCCACCGUUUGCGCUCUGGCAGAGCAUUCUCAUCGCACUGUGUCUAUCGAUUUGCAUUAUCUUGACGGUGGGCGGUAAUGUGCUUGUACUGCUUGCCUUCAUUGUAGAUCGCAAUAUACGACAACCGAGCAAUUAUUUCAUUGCAUCUUUGGCGGCCACGGAUGUGUUGAUCGGUUCCAUUUCAAUGCCUUUCUACACGAUAUACGUGUUGAUGGGCUACUGGGAUUUGGGACCAUUGCUUUGUGAUCUUUGGCUCUCUGUGGACUACACGGUCUGUUUGGCGUCACAAUACACAGUGCUGCUUAUAACCAUCGAUCGUUACUGUUCGGUGAAGAUCGCGGCAAAAUAUCGUAGUUGGCGCACCAGAAAACGUGUGAUUUAUAUGGUCACCAUUACAUGGAUUGUGCCGGCGUUGCUGUUUUUCAUUUCUAUUUUUGGUUGGGAACACUUUACGGGCAAACGUGAUCUCUUGCCUGGGCAGUGUGCUGUACAGUUUCUUAAGGAUCCAGUUUUCAAUACGGCGCUCAUUAUCGGCUACUACUGGACGACGCUCAUAGUCCUAUUUAUCUUGUACGGCGGUAUUUAUCGUACCGCCUACGAAAUGCAGAAACGCAGUGAGGCCAAACAGCGGAAAAUGCAGUCGAUGGUGGCGCUAAGUGCAGGUGCCAUGUCUGGUAUGGCCGGACAUGCGGCUGGUAUAGGUGUGAUAGAAGAAAAAAUAUUGAAAACCCAAGUAGAGAUCGGUGGCAACACGACGAAGGAUGGUAACAAUUGCAGUGGUGCGACAAAACGUGGCUCAGGUCAGAUGAACCCGCUAGCACAAGCCGAAGCUGUCAACGGCACUGCCGGUGAUGGCGUCAACGAGCAGCGUCGCAUUUCAGAAGGUAAAAUGGAAAAUGGUAAACGCGAUGGUGGAUCUGGUGAAACAGAGAAAAGUGAACGCUCCAGCAGCCCGGCAUUCGAUUCGGAUGAGGAAAGUUCUGUCAAUCAAGCACAACAAAUGGCAAAUCAGCAAAAACUAGCCAAUCUGCGCAAGCGUUCAUCAAUCGGCCUGGUUUUCGGCGCACAGGCCGCACUCAUUGCUACUCGUAGUAAAGGUAAUUUAACCCAAUGCUCAAUAAAUUCCAAAUCCAGUGAAGCCAUGGCCACAGCGGCUACCGCCACAUCCCCCAAUCCAACAUGCAGCGGUGUACUUAUACGCGCGCAAAGCAAAGAAGAGGUUAGUGUACAUACAAGCGUGAGUAGCGAACGACCUAAACGUACAUCCUGCACGACACUUUCACAAAUUGUCGAAACAGAGCGGCAGCUAGAUGAGCAGCUCAGAGCGGAACCUACGCCACCACGUUCACGAUCCAGUACCGCGACAAAAUUACUUGCUGAAUCACCGCUUUCACCGGUCGACAUCGCGCCUAUCGAAGUGCCACGUGACCAAGUACAAUCGUGCCUGGUACAAGCCAUACUACCACCACCCGAGCAAUUCCAAUGUCCCACACCUCUCUCUGACUAUUCGGACCGACCUUUGGGCGGCAACAGCAGUAACAGCGAACUAAAUAUGACCUAUAACCUACUCACCAAUCAUUCCGAUUUGCGUUUUAUGGACGAAAGCUCCGUAAUGCUGGCAUCACCUACCACUAAUGACAGCGUAACCAGCUCAUUGCGGCAAGCAAUACCACAAGCUGCCGUUGUCAUGCGUGCGGAAGUGCCGACCAAUCAGGAGCGUGCCAACCAAGUCGUCACUAACCCUAAACUGUUGCAACAGGCGCUGCAAAAGGCUGUAGCUGCGCAGCAGCAACAACAGCAACAGCAACAACCUAAAUCCAAAAUUACAAGACGUGCUUCCCCACCUGAAACCGGCAAUCCACCCGCUCCACCAAAUGGCAUGGAGGAUUUCGUCAAAGUGCGUCGCGAAAGCUGCAUCGAGGCUAUUAGUUUGCUAAGCGUCAAUGAGCACGCCAAGCUAAUUGAAGACAAGGUGAUCUCAACGGAAAUACGACGCAGCUCCAGUCCGCUAGAGACGAAUUCGAAAUGUAAAGGCAACGCAACCACCGCCGCCACUACAGUGACGCUCACCAUGCAAAAUCAAUUAACAACAACCAUAACCACAACGGUGCCACCAGCGCAACUUGAGAAAAUCGAUGAACGCGAAACAUCCGGGUGCGCCGCAAUCAACAACAAGUUGGUCAACACACGACAGACCACAACAAGCAGCACCGAUUCGACGGCGCCGCCAGCAACAAGCACUGCACAAAUUGACAACACAACCUGCACGGGCUACGUUUCGGGCGCUGGCAUCAGCACCACCGGCGGCAGCAGUAGCAGCACCUCGAAUACCAACAACAAGCCGUCGAGCAUAAAGUCACAGAGAGAAGCGAGCGGUGAAGCGGCCAGCCGGAAUUCGAGUAAACGCGCCUUUAUGCAAUCGAUUGGCAAGCACUUCAAGAGCAAAAAGAAAAUACCGCUGCUGGUUGGUGGUGGGCGACAAAAAUCAAAGUCGGAGAAUCGUGCACGCAAAGCGUUUCGCACGAUCUCCUUCAUACUUGGCUGUUUUGUGGCGUGUUGGACGCCAUAUCAUGUGCUCGCACUGGUGGAGGGCUUCUGCCGCAAUCCACCCUGCACCAACGAGCAUCUCUAUAUGUUUUCAUACUUUCUUUGCUAUGCGAAUAGUCCGAUGAAUCCCUUUUGCUAUGCGCUCGCGAAUCAACAGUUCAAGAAGACGUUUACGCGCAUACUCAAAGGUGAUUUUCAUAUGACUUAAAUCUUAAAGCUUGAUUGAUGUGUGCGGUAGUGAGAAGAUUGAAUGUUAGAGCGUAUGAGUGUGAGAGAACGUUAGUGCUGAGAGUGCCAAGGUGAGAGUGGUUGGCAGCUUACAGAGUACAGCAAAGCGCUUUAUAAAGCUUUCAAAACAUAUCUAAUUCUCGCGAAGGUGCCUAAGAGAAACAGACCACUUGAAAGCUUUUAUGCAAGCUUUAAAGGCGUGAAAGCUUUUAGCCUUUUAUAGUGUUUUCAGAGCUUUUUAAAGUUGAAUUUAAAGCUAUCAUAGCAUUGAAAAAUUUGCGAAGCGCAUUACGGCUUUCAAAGCGUCACAAAGCUUUAAAGCUCCGAGUUGAUAAUUUUAGAAACUGUUUUCGAAUAAUCAUAGUAAAGAUAUUGCUUUAAUUUUUUCUACUAAUUUGUAGCAUAAUGUUAAUCUAAAAUUCAAAAAAUCAAAAUAUAUUUGGUGACGCUGCUUUGGUGUGAACCCUAAUGAGCCCUAGGCACUACCAGUAGACAGCGUUGCCAAAUAUAUGCAAAUAUUUAGAAAUAUAUUAUUUACAAAGAAAGCGUUUCCAAAACAAAUCAACUAUGAAAUAUUAACUGUAAACUGCCAGGGCGUAUGAGAAGAAUGUGAGGUUAAGUAUAAUGUAAAAUAAAGACAAAAUUAUUUGCAAAAACUAUGUAGCUUAGUAUGUGUGAGAGCGCGUGUGCUUAUUUGUGUAUUUAAUGGUUCCCUUAGUGCAUUAUAGUCGGCCACAAUAAGCGUGCGUCUUCUUUUGGCAAACCGACAGCGUGGCGUGC